UAGAGAGUCAUGCACGUGAAUGUGUCCGCGCGAGGUUUACUGUCUUUAUUCUCCCCUCUAACGAACGUUAUCAGUCGUGUAGGUCAAGUUACGUCGUUUUACAACUUUAAUACAUUUCAAAGCCGUCAUUUUAAGUCCUUACGCCAUCAGAGGAGCGCCUCGACGAUGGAGGCAGCAGCUACCGACACGCGAACACCGCCGGACGUAAACACUCCGGUGUCCGAGGAGGAAACCGCGACGAAAGACGCGACAGAAACUGGCAAACGCAAAAGCGACGAGCUAGACGAAAAGGAGAAAAGUGGCCGAGGUAAGAGGCGGAGAGGAGCCGGAGGGAAGAAGCAACGUCCGGGCGAGAGAUACAUCCCCCCGCCGCAGAGACGCAACCCGGGUGUGGGCUUCAACCAGGAGCACUUCGACGAGACGUCCUACUACUUCGAGGGUGGCCUCCGGAAGGUUCAUCCGUAUUACUUUGACUUUAAAACCUACUGCAAAGGUCGGUGGGUUGGAAAGAGCCUCCUGGAUGUGUUCAGGAGCGAGUUCAGAGCGGAGUCCGUGGAGUAUUAUGAGAGGGCAGCCAAAGAGGGGCGCAUCAGGCUCAACGAGACGCCUGUGGAGGAUCUGUCUGUGGUGCUCAGGAACAAUGACCUCAUGAAGAACACCGUGCACCGCCACGAGCCACCUGUAGUCGGCAGACCCCUGAAGGUUCUGGUGGAUGACGGUGAAGUGCUCGUGGUCGAUAAGCCGGCCUCCAUCCCCGUCCACCCCUGUGGCCGCUUCCGCCACAACACGGUGAUCUUCAUUCUGGGAAAAGAGCGGGGUGUCUCGGAGCUGCAUACGGUCCACAGGCUGGACCGGCUCACCUCUGGAGUCCUGCUGUUCGCCAGGACGCUGGAGAUAUCCAAGAAACUGGACCAGUUGGUGAGAGACAGACAGCUGGAAAAGGAGUAUGUGUGCCGAGUGGACGGGGAGUUUCCGGAGGGCGAGCUGAUCUGCGAGGAGCCCAUCCUGGUCGUUUCCUGUAAAAUCGGCCUCUGCCGAGUUGACCCAAAGGGAAAAGACUGCCGAACCGUCUUCCAGAGGCUCAGCUUUAACGGAAAGACAAGCGUGGUUCGCUGUUUGCCCCUGACUGGACGCACUCACCAGAUCAGAGUGCACCUCCAGUACCUGGGCUUUCCCAUCAUCAAUGAUCCGAUAUACGGAGCCUCGGCGUGGGGUCCUCACAGGGGGAAGGGGGGCCAUAUAGGGAAGAGUGACGACGAGCUGCUGCAGGCCCUGGUGGAAGAACAUCGCUCUCAGGAAAGUCUCAACCUGCUAGAUAUGACAGAUGACUGCAUCGGGGUCACACAGGAGGCAGAGAAAAAGAAAAUAUCUGACAACACAGAUAGAACCGAUGGACCCGAUGAGAGUGGACGAAGCUGUCAGACACAAGUAGACAAAAAGUCUGAUAGCACUGAGACAGAAAACACUAAGAACACCUCAGUCAGAGAGUCUCAGAGCCCUCUAUCAACCAAUUCAAAUGGAAAUCAAACAGAGGCAGCUGAUUCCGCUCUGAAAACUCCUCAGGGGAGCCGAGACCACCUGUGUAGUGAAUGUAAACUGGUGCGACCGGACCCCACGGAGAAGGAGCUCGUUAUGUAUCUCCACGCUUUGCGCUACAAAGGACCUGACUUUGAAUAUUCCACCAGUUUACCCGACUGGGCCAAAGACGACUGGGUGGAAGCCGAGUAGAGCCCGAUGAACUCUGCUGACGGGUUUGGCUCUCGGGAUACUCGAGGAUGUUUUACUUUUUCAUCUUCACAGUUCUUUAAAACAUUCUCCUCAUUUGUAUUUUUGCUUUAAACUUUGGUUGAAGAUGAAGUUUUGUUCCCAUUUUAAUCAGAGGACUGUUUUAAUUUCAUCCUUAAAUCCUGUAAAGCGUGUGGUACAGCAGCUACGAUUUGAAAUAAAUAAAAAAAAGCCAGACGGCAGGAAAAUAAAU